AUGAACUCCAUCAGAGCUUGCGUGCGAUCAAUUGGACAGUUCCGACGGCUCCCAUACCCCCUCACAAACCCAGCCCUCUCCGCACACCCCAACCCCUUCGCUCUAACCGUUCAGCCGACUUCUCUCCGUCGCACCAUGGCUUCCGCAAUGGCAAAGCGCCUUGAGGGCAAAACUAUUGUCGUGACUGGUGCUUCAUCCGGUAUUGGCAAGAGCACUGCCAAGGAGUUCGCCCGCACUUCGCCCAAGAACCUGAAGCUGAUCAUUACCGCGCGUCGCAUUGAUGCAUUGAAGGAGGUCGCGGCAGAGAUCAAGCAGGAGGUCGGCGAUGGCGUUCAGGUUCUUCCCGUGAAACUGGAUGUCAGCAACCCAGAGGAAGUCGCGAACUUCGUUUCCUCCUUGCCAGAGGAGUUCAGGGAGAUUGAUGUCUUGGUUAACAACGCUGGUUUGGUCAAGGGAGUCGCUCAAGCACCUGCGAUCGCUGCCGAGGAUCUGAAGAUUAUGUUCGACACCAACGUCACUGGUCUUAUUAACAUGACCCAGGCUAUCCUGCCCAUCUUCAAGAAGCGCUCCGAUGGUGGCCGUGGUGACAUUAUUAAUAUUGGCAGUAUUGCUGGCCGCGAGCCUUACGCUGGUGGUAGCAUUUACUGUGCCACCAAGGCUGCUGUUCGCUCUUUCACGGAUGCGCUGCGAAAGGAGCUGGUCGCUAGCCGAAUCCGCAUUAUUGAAAUUGACCCUGGUCAAGUCGAGACGGAAUUCUCUGUUGUGCGAUUCUAUGGAGACAAGUCGAAGGCCGAUGCCGUUUACAAGGGUGUCGAGCCAUUGACUGGUGACGACAUCGCCGAGGUUAUCGUCUUUGCGGCCGGUCGUCGUGAGAAUGUUGUUAUCGCGGAUACCCUGGUCUUCCCCAGCCACCAAGCCUCGGCUGGUGUCAUGCACCGCAAGUCUUGA